AUGCCUAAGGCGCCAAAGGCAGAAACCCUCUCCCACAAAGCCGCGGUUCGGUAUCUGCGCACCAUCCUCCCGACUUAUGCUCCUGGCGCUGCUGGAAAGAAGGAUGGCGGAUUUCAGAAAGAGCACUGGGCAGAAAUCAACAGUGCUCUAGACGCGCUUGAUUCUGGCUCGCAAAUGGCGGAAGGCGGCGAUGAAGGUCUGGGCGCCAUCACUUCCGAAUCUGCAACAGUCGCCUCUGAGAAGCCGAAGCCCAGGAUGGAGCAUUGUGUACGAUGCCACGACGAGUUCGACCUCAAUGACGGAGGGUACUGCGAGAUCCCUCACGUGUUCGAUGACGAACCUUCCUUCUCUGGGGAGUACGAUGGUUAUUCCAAGAUAUACGACUACGAGUCGCGCUGUUGUAGGGGGUUGAUCGUACAAGAGAGGGGUUCGGGCAACGGCGAAUUCCUUGAUCUAGAGGACGAUGCGGCGGAACCGUGCAUUGAACUGGAGCAUACUAUCGAUCCGGCGGAAGUGGACUACAACGGGAUGAACGUCGUGGAGUCGAAGCCGCGAUCGAAAUCGACCGCGCUCACGUACCUACGCACCGUGCUUCCGGCCUAUGCGCCUGGCCCGAGUGGUAGUAAGAGCCGCAGGUUCCUGGUAGCAGACUGGGUUCAUAUCGAAGGGGCUUUGAUUGAGCUCGGUGGACCACUCUCUGCUGGAGAAGCUCAAGAAGAGCCUACGGGUGGUGCUGCUACUGACAGAGCUACGGCCACGGCAUCGGACGCAACCACUGGUGGAGCGAAGAAUGCUGUCUCAAAACACUGCGUACGAUGCCACCGAGACUUUGGCGGACCAGACGACGAGCGCGCGGGAUCGCGUUGCGAGAUCCCGCACAUGUUCGAUGAGGAGAGAAGCGUCAUCAUCGAUUGGCCAGGCCCCGGAUACUCCAAGACGUAUCGAUACGACUCUGCCUGUUGCGGUAAGAAGGUCCGUAUGGAGGAGGAAGGCUCAGGCAACGAGGACUACACGCUCAAAGGCAAAGCACUCAAGCCGUGCGUUACGUUGAAGCACACGACCAAUCCUGCCGAGGUUCAGUACAACAGAAGCAACGUCAUAGAGUGCGUGAUGGAUGCGGAGGGGAAGUGUGAUCUUGAUCCUCUUGAUCAGGAUGAGGUGGGGCCAGAUACCAGACCCUUCUUUUUAUGCAAUGGAUACGACCUGAUCUCAGCCAAGGAUAAGUGA